GCAAUAUUUUCUCUCUCAGUCAGUGCGGAAGACUGAGCUGACUUCCAACCGAGGGAGAGUUUGCAUCAAUCAUUGGUUAAGUUCCAUAUAUAUCCAGCUCGUAAUCAUGUCCUCGAGUGAUUGGUUCACCGGCUAAGUUGUAGUCAUACCUUUUAGAAGCUUUUAGCAGUGGAAACCAGAAGCAAUAAUCAGCAACACGUGUUUAUACGUGCUUCAGAAAUCAAAGGUAUUCGAUUGACGAAUUACUAUUUCUGUACGUUUCAGGACCUGUUCGAUGCCACUUUCAGAUAUAAAGAUCCUCUUGUUAUCUUCAAAUGUGUACAUGUGGGUUGUCUUUAAGCUAUCGUGAGAAAACAUGCAAAUUUGAAAUCUCAGAUUCCCGCGCGGCCGACUGUCAAUAUUUUCAAGUCGGAUUUUCCGUUACUUUCCGAUUAUUUUAGACCUUCUGGAACACAAAAAUAAAAGCUAAAAAUGCUAUAGAAUAAUCUGCUUCGAAAAUAAUGGAUAUCAAGGUCUUAAAAGCGACAAAAUAAGCUUUCGAGUCGACAAUACUGCGAUUCUCUGAAGCGAUGCGAAUUGAGGCUGUAAAGUAGAACCGAACUUUUCGGACUUCAAGCGAGACCUAGCGAUAUUAUGAAGAUUCCAGGGUUCGGUAAAUAUCAUGUUUAAGUACUGAGAUGACCAAAAAGUACUGUUUAAUCGAAUAUUUUUUUGUCAAAACGUAGAACUCUCAGAAUUUUCAACAUAACGCUGCGCAAUUUACUAGCCGUGACGUCUAUAGUAAACAACGAGCUAACCACGAUGAACUCUACUUCGUGGGUUUCGUACUCGUAAGAAAUUCGUACUUUUUUCGCUUCUAACGGAAAAUUUACAACUGUUUUGAAGAAAGCUUUCUUCCCGAAACGUUCCUUGGUCAGUUUCGUCUUGCUUAUUUACAAAUUCCAUUUAACAUAUCUGCCAAAUUUGCAUAUUCACUUUACAAUCCGGAUCCGCAUAACUUGUUUACACACGUGCGGAAAAUUUUAGCGAUUUUUAGUGUAAAAACUUAAUUAGAAUUUGUCGCUUUUUUCAUUGAAAGUAAGUUAUUUAAAUGGUCUUCUUUCAUUGGAGCUUGGUUUUGGGAAAUGCUGAUUUAUAAAUAUUUACUGCGCAUUGUGUUUGCUUUUCCGGUUUCUCCAAAAUUUUAACUUUUGGAUAGGCACGCUUUACACGUAGGUGCUAAUGGGUUAAGGUACAUUUUCAACACCAAAUUAAGGUGGUAUUGGACGCUAAAUUGAGUGAAUUUUGUUUCAAAUCAUUUAUGAAAUAACUACAGACGGAUUUGUUAGAAUGACUUGAAAUUAUCACAUGGGAUACAUGAUUCUACAUAUAAUCUGAAGAGAAAAAUUGUAUUUUGCUCAGUGCCAUGGAUAUUAGUGAAAUUUAAUGGAAUUAGGGGGUGUGUUUGAAAAGUCAUCGUGGAGGAAAAAAAUCUCUAAAUCCAAGCCAUUUUUAAUUAAUACCACUCAAUGGUUUGGCACAGACAAAAAGCUGAUGGUAAUAAAGAUUUUCAGUGCAGUCUGCUAAGUAAUAUUCAAUUUUGACAAUUUAAUUAUCUCAUACCUUGUCAUUUGUUUUUGGCAGACAGUGGUAUACUGUGCUGUAAAUGUUCUUUGUCAUACAAAGUUUUAGUUUGCAUAGAUUCUGAUCAAAGUACUAACCUUCUUGAGAUAAUACAGUUGGAGAGGCAAUUAAUUUGCAAAAAGUGGCAAUAGGAACCACAAAAAUAUGAUAUGGUGUGGGAAUUUGUUAAUAGCAACUUUCAAUUUAACAUGGUGUGACAAAAUUAAAGGUGUGGUUAUUGGCUGCUUUAUGGUUGUGAUGCUUUCUGAAAAUUGGAAAUAUGAGGGAAAAUUCUUUGAAUAAAAAGGCUAGCAAAAAUAAAUGUGUCUUUGUUGCUUGGAAAGUGACUAAAUAGUUAGCUACUGUUAAUCUCUUUUCUGAGUUCCAUCCAUGGUAAGAUCAUAGUACUUUAUUUUUCAUUAUGAAAUGGUUCCUUAUGAAAUGGAUGUGUCAGAAAUGUCAUCUGAAGGAAAUACAACAAGAAUGGCAAACACCAUUAGACCAGGAUCUUAUCUCUAUUUGCAGCAAGGUUUGUCCUUGGAAACAACUUCUCAUUUCAAAAAUGGGCCAUUUUCCAAUUGUCAAAUUGUGCAAAUAGGCAAUUGAAACAAUGAUCUUAAAUUAAAGCUUCUCCAAAAGGUCAAAUUAGCCUCCAGUACUGCCUUAAGUGGCCUCAACAACACUCUAAGAGGAAAUAGAAAGCCUAAUUGGACUCAGUAAACUCACAUUUUGUAUUUUUUUUUUUUCCAGGGUAAUUUUUCAGAAUUAAAAGCUACCUGUGAUGUCAAUGCUACAGAAGGUAGGAAGAGAAAUCUAAAUCUAUUACAAAUACCAAGCUUUUUUUUUGACAAAAACAUUAAUUUGCCCCUUGUUUUCUUUUUCACCUAAAUCUUUUCAGUGUGACUAAAAAAGUCAUGUACCAAUUACAAAGUGAGUUGAAAAGAAAGACCCUUUAAGGAUAACUUUUACUUUCAAAUUUAAUUCCUUGUAACUGUAAUGGUUGUUAUCAGUGACAGUGACAGUGACAGUGACAGUGUAGUCAUCUCUAAAGUAACUUAAUAUUUUCCUGGUUUAAAUUUGUCUCAAUCUACAUGUACCUGACUUUUUGGCAAAGGAUAAAACUUAACUGCAGUUUUAGAAACGAAUUGACAUUACAUACCAAGUGGACAUGCAUUAUUGUGAUUUAAUAUUGUUUUACAGCUUAUUGUCAAUACCAUUCUUGUUUGUUGUUGUAGGAUUUCAUGAUUCCAAGUGUGGCCUGUGUGUCGCAGGAAGACCAGGAAAACAUGACACUGAAAGUCACGUUGCUAAGUAGUGAGUGGAAAUCAUCAACUAAUGGGGACUUGUCAACUAUCAACCGAGAGCUGGCGAUCCAGUUAGCUAAACACCAUAAUGUGGAUGUUAGUGUCUUGCUUCCAAAUUGCAGUGAAGUGGACAGGAGCAGUGCAGAAAGUCACAAAGUGAAGCUCAUCAAAGCAGAUAGAGUUCCUGGUUAUGACCCAGUUCUUUGCCUGUCAUUUCCUCCAAGAGACCAUACAAUGGACUGUGUCAUUGGUCAUGGAGUUCACCUUGGCCGACCAAUUGCAAUCAUCAAGAGAAAUCCAAAUUACAGUCAUUGCAAAUGGAUUCAAGUUGUUCACUCUGCUCCUGAAGAAGAUGGAAUGUACAAAAACAUUUCAGAAGGUGAACAGAUGCAAGAAACAGAAAUCCAACUCUGUAAAAUGGCUGAUCAGGUUAUCACAAUUGGACUCAAGCUGGCAGAAGCUUACAAGCGUUACCUUCGUCCAGUUAAACAGGAAGAAAAAGUUUUUGACCUUACUCCAAGCAUUUUCUCUGAAUUUUUGGCUGUAAAGCAAGCCACUGAAGAAAGAAGAACAUUCUGUAUUCUUGUAAUUGGAAGUGGUGACAACUGUGGAGAUUUCAAUGUCAAAGGGUACGACAUAGCUGCCAAAGCAAUUGCUGAGUUGAAAGAUGAAUCUUACAAACUCAAGUUUGUCUGUGCAGCUGGAGGAAAAGCAGAUAUUGUGGCAGAAAAGUUGCUCCAUGAUGGCAUUAGUCAUAAUCAGCUUAUUGUUCGCAGCUUUGAUGAUGACAGAGAAGUGCUGGCAAACUUAUUCUGUGAAAUGGAUCUUGCAAUAAUGCCAUCCAGGACAGAAGGUUUUGGAAUAAUGGCUCUGGAAGCGUUAUCUGCUGGUCUGCCUGUACUUGUCAGUGGUAAUUCAGGACUCGGAGAAGCUCUGAAGAAAGUCACUCUAGGCUCACAGAGUGUGGUAGACUCUGAAGAUCCUAAAGACUGGGCCAAAGAAAUCAAGCGUGUCCGUCAGAAAGAGAGAGAUGUGCGACUUUCAGAGUCAAGAUUUCUACGUGAAAAGUACUUGGAGAAGUACAGCUGGGAGGAGCCUUGUAAGAGUCUUGUGAUAAAGAUGAAGAACCUUGUCUUUGGUAAAUUUACUUAAAUAUAAAUGUUUCAGCUUUUAAAUGAUCUAAUAACUGAUAAAACAGGUAGUCUGGUAAAAAGUUGAAUCAGCCUUCAGUCAACUAGGACCUACAAUAAUCAUAAAUUCUUUAUAGACCUGAAUCAAGUAAAUAAUCAAAAAUGGUAAAUACUCAGGAAAGGUAAAGAUAAUUGCUAUAUAAUAAUCUUACCCAAAAGGUUAGGAACAGUGUCGCAGAGUUUUUUAAAUAUGUACUCGGUAAAGUGCAUUUGCAUGGGAAAUACUUUCUGUAGUUAUUUUACUUAAGACAUAAAGCAGGUACUGUUGAAAGUUGAACAAGCAUGGUCAACUUGGUUGGUGUCUGUUUUUAGACUCAGUAAUAUUAUUUUAUUAGUAACUGAAACAUUUGGUAGUACAGUACAGUAGCUUUAACUUUAAUUCUCCUGCUAGGGGGGUACUCUGAGUUAAUUUAUGACACUUUUCAGGGAGCUUUGGCUGGAAUGCUCAGAUAAAUUCUUUUUUCUCUUUACUGCUUGUAGGUCAAGCUCUGCACAGCUCUCUAGACUGUGAAGAAACAGAGAGGAAGAAACAAGGAGAGUCUAUACCAGGUCAGUAAAUAUUACAUUGCAUUUACAUUUAGGAAUAAUGAAAUUAGACUUCAGCCAUCAGGAGAAUUGUGAGGAAGAAAUCAGUAAAUCAGGUAUGACACUGAAAAAUUCAUGGAAGAAUUUAAAAAAAAUUGGUAAAUAAGUUUUUCAUUGCAGCAACAAUAGGACUAUCAGCAUCUUCCAGUCUAACUCUAUGAUAUACUUUUGUCUUUCCUUGUAUAAGUGCCCAUACUCCAUGCUCUAAGAAGCCCUCCCCUUAGGCCAAUAAUUCAAAUAAAAACUCUUUCUUCCCUUGCCCCCCCAUUGAACAAUCACCUUCCCCCUCUUUCUUACUUUCCCUAAUAAAAAUAAAACCUGAUUCAAGUACCACUUUAUUUAUAACUUUUUUAAGCUUCAGCUACAGCAAAAUUAGAACAGUUCAUAGUUCCUUACUUAACACCCAGCAUCUUAAGUAAAUUCCUUCCAAUAAGCACCCCUCUUUUCAGCCACAACUUUAAGAAAUGAGUGUGUACCAGGUGAAUAAACUUUACAUUCCAUGUUACAUUCAGGAAUAAAUUACGAUAAGAAUGUAACUGUCAAGAAAAUUGUGAGAACAAAUGAAUGAAUCAAAUAUGCUACAGACAAAGUUCUUCUUUCAUUUCAAAAGUUCUUAUGUCAUUUAAAGCCUCCUCUUGCAAAAAGGGGGCAAAAUUGAUUUUAAGGAGAGUGACAUUGAAACAAUGUGGAAGUGAGAGAGCACAACGGACGUUAAGACAUCCAUCAUUUCAACUUUUUUCUUGUCUUCUAAAUGGAAGUCUUCUCACAGGUUUCCAUACUAGCUGGCAUUCCAUAAUGUGACAUUUCUCUCCUUUCUCCACAGAAAAAGCUCCAAAUGUUUCUUUAAAGAGAAAAAAAACCGAUGGGAAUGGACAAACAAAGUAUUUCCGAAGUGAGUAAACUUACAAGUCAUGUCAUUUAAUUAUAACUGUCAAUAAACUCUAAUACAAGGAAUAGGGCCAGUAGGUGAAUACUGCAAAUUAGUGAUUCAGAUGUCAUAGGAAAUGAUUGAACUACAAAAGUUUUCCAAAGUUCCAAGGCUAUGAAGAAAUUCUUUUCAGUAGCAUAACUUUCAUAUCCUGUCUGUAACAGUUUGAGCUACUGAAAACAAACCAAGUCCAGGCUUUGCUUUAGCUGUGUUGUUAAUGAGCAGCCAGGACUAUUUUUGAUUAUUAAUCCUGAGAGCAAACAGAACAACAUGAAUGAAUACUAAAGUGACAGCUGACAGGCAUUUUCAAUCACAACCAAAACUUGACACAAUGAACACAAUUGAUAUCUACCAUGCUUUGACCACACAUUUAAACAUCAAUACAGUGUAUUACUAUCAGUUCUGUUGAAAAGCCUCUAACAUAAGAUCAAGAUGGGUGCAACAAACUAAUCUCAAUUUGUCAAUCAUGCAAUAAGAGAGUUAUGUUUCUAAAACUAUUAAAUUUGGAAAAGCAAAGACCUGUGUGUAAUUGCUGAUUGAGAUGAAGCUAUUUAGUGUAUGUUGAACUUCUGUAGCUGUUUCUGCUUUACUUUCAACUUAUAAGGAAAUGUAUGGAAAUACCUGUAGAACUUUAUCAAUAUGUAAUUUCUCCUAACAUUGUCAUUUAAAGCCUCCUCUUGAAAAAAGGGGGCAAGAUUGAUUUUAAGGACAGAAAGUAACAUUGAAACAAUGUGGAAGUGAGAGAACACAACGGACGUUAAGACAUCCAGCAUUUCUAAUUUUUUCUUGUCUUCUAAACGAAAGUCUGUUUGCAGGUAGCAAGGUAGCAUUCCUUAAUGCGAUAUUUCUUUUCUUUCUCCACAGAAGAGGCUCCAAACACCUCUGUAAGGAGUAAAACAACUGAUGGGAAUGAACAAACAAAGUCUGUUCAAGGUGAGUAAACUUUAAAACAUAUGUCAUUUAACCCUUUAACACCUAAGAGUGACUGGCGUCUAUUUUCUCCUUACAAGAUCACCCCUGAUUCAAACAUUAAGGUCAUGAUAAUAAGGGAAAUGAUCAACAGCUAAAGAAGCUCUUGAUUGUUAAACAAAUUCUCUUUUUCAGAACCCUAAGAAAAGUUUAGAGAAAGUAUGGAGAAUAUGCAUAUUGAUAUUAGGGUGUAAAGGGUUUAUUAUAACUGUCAAAAAACUCUUAUGCAAAGAAUAAGGCUGGUUGGUGAAUGCUAAUAAUUAGUGAUUCAGAUGUCAUAGAACAUGAUUGAACUAUGGAAGUUUUGCAAAAUGCCAAGGCUUUGAAGAAAUUCUUUUCUCUUUCAUAACUUUGACAUCCUGUCUGUAAUACUUUAAGCAAUUGAAAAGAAACCUAGUCUAGGCUUUGCUUUAGCUGUGUUGUUGACGAGCAAUUGGGACUAUUUUUGAUUACUAAUCUUGAUAGCAAACAGAACAACUUGACUAAAUACUAAACUGAUGGCUGACGGGCAUUUUCAAUCACGACCAAAAUUUGACAUAAUUGACACAAUUAAAAUUAUGCAAGCUUCGACCACAGUCAUGUUUAGACAACAAUGCAGCAGAUUACUAUCAGUUUUGGUGAGAAGACUCUGACAUAAGAUCAAGAUGGGUGUAACAAACUAAUCUCGAUUUGUCAAUUGCAAAAUUCAACUAAAUAAGAAAUUUAUGUUUUAAGAAGGCCCACAUUGAUAAAAGUUUUAUAACUGAAACAUUUACUAGAACUAAAUUGUCCCCUUCAAAGUUACUAGUUCCUUAUCUACUCUCCUCUCUCUGCACACAUCUUGCAUUAUGUGGCCUUUCUUAAUUUCUUUUCAAAUUGUUUGAUUUUAGCUGGAAAGUUUGUGAGCUAGGUCAACAUAUCAUACAAGAGCCCCAACCACCCCCCUCCCUUUACCUUAAUCGAAGAACGACAAAAAUGGAUGGUUUAUCAAUAUCAUGACAAUACUGGGCAUAAUUACUCUUUUGUUUUUGUUUGCAGAAAGUGGUGGCCAGGUGGCAGGUAACUUAAAAGGCAGUAAACAAAAUUUUCAAUUGUCUGACGUUUUAAAUAUUCUCGUCUCUGUUAUUGGUACCUAUGAGGUGCUCUGUCCAUUGCUUUAUUCUGCAUCACACAAAUCAAAUGGUUAUCAACCAAUCUCUCUCUUUUAAGAUCAGCAGCAUUAGGGUUCUUCUACUUAGUGUUAUUGUCUCCCAAAUUCAAAAAUUCAUACAGUAAUGCAAGGGCAUCCUGCCAUUUUGUAUCACAACUAUUCGUUGGCAAAGUGGGAUCUUUGAGAUUUUCUGUGAAAUACCGAAACAUCAACUAGGAUCUUCGUGCACCUCAUUUACCUCAACUGUCAUCCAACUGGUUUCUCUGGUGAAAUGGUAAACAACUCUGUUCUUAGCAGAACCCCCCGCUUUUCUGUACUGCCCGGCUGAGGUGGGGAAUUUGAACCAGAAGUGUUAAGACUUUCCAGUGAAAUGCAAGUUAGUGCCAUAUCCUUAAAUUUGGAGUUGUUUAAGGUAAACAGUUCACUUUCGUCAGAGAAUGGUUGGGAAGAAAAGGUCUACAAGGCCUAGGUUUUUAUGUCUGAUCAAUUUGUAGAAAGUCACAGUUGCUGAUUUUACCUUUUGACAAAAAAAAGUGGAAAGGGCAUUUGAACGCUUGAAUUGAUGGCCGCAUUACAUGUAUGCAACUCUUGGCGUGGUAUCAUUUAAUUGCUUAAUUUGAUAACAAUAUUUUCGACUCGUUUCUUAACUAAUUUUAUUUUAAUGAAAUCAACGUUCGAAAUUUUCAAAUUUUUAAAGAUUUUUAGAUUAAAAAAUCACACAUUUUAGAAUACGAAAUUUCAAACUCUCUAAUCCAUUGACACCUGAACCGCCCGUGUCGCGCGGGAGACGCUUUUCCCCCCAUCUCCCCUACUACUACUAAGCAGAAUUUUGUCUUCAAAGUUCCCCUGUUGUCAGAGGAUCUAUAAACCGAUCAGAAUCCGUGUUUUGCGCAGUUAUUUUGACGACUAUGGGGGGUACUAGAAAGGCUUCAUUUUAUGCGUUCACAAGAAAUGAUCAAAUAUGAAAAAAUGGCAUCCGCGCGGCAGACUUUCAAUAUUUCCAAUUCGGAUUUUCUGUUCCUUUCCGAUCGUUUUAGAACUUUUGGAACACAGAAUGAAAAUUAGAAAUGCUGUAGAUUAAAUUGCCAGGAAAAUAAUGGAUGUCAAGGUCUUAAAAGCGACAAAAUAAGUUUUCGAGUCAACAAUAAAAAAAAAAAAGGCGAAGAUCACAUCGUCUAUUUUUGGUUUUUAAGUCCUUGAAUGGACUAAUUGAUUGGAAUUUUAAUUUUAAUCAUUUUAAAGAUGUACAUGAUUAUAACACUCGUUUUAAUAACAACAUUUGUAAACCACAAUCAAAGCGUACAUGGGGUCAGCAUCGGUUUGUUUGUCAUGCAGUAGAUGACUGGAACGCUCUCCCAGACGGCAUUAGGAACAUUUCCGAUUUUUCAGUUUUUAGACGUCUUGUUAAGAACAUGUAGUCUCUUCUAUUGAUUAUACCCUUUUAUCCUAUUCUUGAUAACCAUAUUUAUAUUUUCUGUUAUCCUUACGUUAGAUUUAUGCAGGGCCUCACUGAAAACCACACUUUGUGACGUGGGCUCCCUGUCAAAAGAUUUAAAAAAAAAAAAAAAAAAAAAAAAAACUACGAUUCCCUGAAGCUGUGCGAAUCGGGGCCGUAAAGUGGAAACUGAACUUUCAAGCGAGGCUUAGCGACAUUAUGAAGAUUCCAUGGCCCGGCAAAUAUCAUGUUUAAGUGAUGACAUGUCCAAAAAGUGUUGUUUAAUGGAAUAUUUUGUGUCAAAACGUAGACCUUUCAGUAUUUUCAACAUAACGCUGCGCAAUAUUCCAGCCGUGAAGUCAAGUAAACAACGAUUUAAGCAUGAUGAUUCUACUUCGUAGUUUUCGUACUCGUAAGAAAUUCGCACGUUUUACGCUUCUAACAGAAAAUCAACAACUGUUUUGAAUAACGCUUUCUUCCGAAACGUUCCUUGGCCAGUUUCGUCUUGCUUCUUAUUUCUUUUUAACUUCAGAUCUCUCCACACGCUGAAAAUUUGCAUAUUCACUUUGAAAUCCGAUCCGCAUACUUGUUUGCACGUGCGAAAAAUUUUACCGAUUUUUAUCGAUCAAUUUUGAAUUAUUUAAGAUACCGAGAUUGAAAAUGUUGCCAUAAAUUUUCCUUUUUAUUGUGUUUUUAUCAAGUUUGCAUAUUACUUUUACACGUUUAUGUAUUGUGAAAUUUGUUUAUGCAGAGAGACUGGCAUUAUAUUUAUUAGACAUCCUUUUUCGGUAUUGAAUGAUACCAAAAAGAGAAGUCCCCUUUCGCCAGAACUGUUCGCUAUUCGCCAAAGCCUUGAAGCACUCAUUUUCUAAUUUUUUAUUCUCCCUCCGUUGUUAUCCUCAGAUAUCUAUGUGGUUAAAGAUGGUGAACCAUCAGAUGAGGAGUUGGAAUAUCUGUCUCUGGAACUUGAAGGAAAAUGGAAGACAUUAGGAAGACGCCUGGAAUUCAGUCAAGCUGCAAUAGCUAACUUGGAUGAAGCCAAUAAGGGACUGGCAGCGAAGGCUUUUGAAAUGUUACUGGCUUGGAAACAAAAAGAGGGCAGAAAAGCCACUUACACGGUUUUGUACAAUGCCUUGUGUCACGAAUUGGUGAAAUGCAAACGUCUAGCAGAACAGUUUUGUUGCGAGAGAUUGUAGGCAAUACCUCUCCUUAGUCUUAUAUUAUAAAGAGUGAUUCGUUUCUCUUAUAUUUUACGUCAUUUGUCUUUGUUAGUACUCCAAAAAGUGUCUGUAUUGAGCAUUCGCGUUCAGUAAGUCGUUCAUUUUGUCUUGCGCUGGAAGAUAAGAUAGAUUAGCUUUAGAGAAUAGAUAUUUACUCGUAUUUUUGCACCCAAGGACCGCAGGCUAAAGAACAUUGAUGUCGGGAUUCGCUCUGUUACGGGAAAAUUUACUGAUUCUUCCGUAUGUUUAUUUGGGACGUAUUUAUUCGUAAACUUUCCAUAUUUCAUUCAGUUCUUUCAUUCCAGUAAGUCAAAAAAAUUAUAAAAAACCAUGGUAGUUUUUAUGUAGUAAACUGAAAGAUUUUUGCUUUGUUGCUUGCUGUCAUUGUACAUCUGCAUGUCGGUACUUUUGUUCACCAUUACUAGUGAAAUUUUUAGGUAAAUAUAAGUGUUAAUGGUCUUUCUGGAAAAUUGGUUCUCAUGGUAGUCGGCAGCUGAGUUUGUGCUCACAAUUUUAAUUUCCUCUCAUACGAUAGUUCCCACACUAACCUUGCAUAGAUAAGCAGAAAUUUUUAAUGGCUUUUCCACUUUUAUUUCCUAAGCUGCUCUAUUGUAGCUAAGAUAGACAUUUUUAAUAUCAGAGCUGUGAAUUCUCACCCAAGUUUCUUGUUUUAAAUGGCCUCGAGUUUAUUGUAUCCGUUUUCUUGACUUUGAAAUUCUUCCGUCGUAGAAACAGAUGGGAAUAUUUAGUUUUAGUUCAAGUAGUUUUCGUUCAACUUCAAAGAGACCUUUUCCGAAAUACCAAAUAUGGUAGAUUUAGAAAACAAUGGAACCUCACACCAGUUCAUAUUUAAGCAAGUACUUUGUAAAGCUUUUUCGAUUACAUAGACGACUGCGUGCCGAUUACAAGUUCAGCUUUGACUCUGGCAUGAUGUAUGUUAGAGUGCCGUACGAAUAAAAGUCUACUGUGGAAC